UUGUAUGAAGGAAGUUGUAAAAGACUUCCUUCAGAUCGUUCCCAUUUACCUUAUUUUCUACUAUGCAGCUUUGUAGAUGCCUUCAAGAUCAUCAAGAUUAGUGGACCAUUCACUUUGUCUUCGAUUCCUUCAGUGUCGUGGGACGACGUUGGCGGUUUUGAGCAUAUCAAAGAACUAAUCAUUGAGAGCAUAGAGGCAAAUUUGCACGGUUUGGGUCUUCGAAGAUCUGGCAUUAUGCUCUUUGGGCCGCCUGGGUGUGGGAAGACGCUAAUUGCCAAAGCAGUAGCGACGGAGUUCAAAAUUGCUUUCCUAAGUGUCAAGGGGCCCGAGCUCUUGAAUAUGUACGUUGGUCAAAGUGAGGAGAACGUGCGAAACGGC